UUUACAUUUUAAAAUCUCGUGAGAGAUUAUUGAGAAUCGUGAAAUUGUCCGUGCGGCUUCGAGAGCGUUUCCAGAGAAGAAGAGAAAGGUUUUGGCGAUGGCAGAUCCCGAUCCUUCGAAUCGGCGAUGCCGGCUUUGCUCGGGGCCUCUCUCAAAGGAGAUGGAAACGAGCCGUUGGACUGUGGCCCCGUUGAUACGUGAUAGCUUCUCGAUGAUUGGUACUGCUGCUUGUGGAACUGCAAGUGCAUUUUAUGGAUUUAACUAUGCUAUGCCUAUUGUUAGGGGGUUGGUCACUGGGCCUAUGUGGUUACACUUUUUUAUUGGUGCUCCACCUGUAAUUGUUUUCUCAUCGGCUUGUGCUGGAUUGGCAGGUGGGGCAUUACCAGCUCUUGCUCAACUGGCCUCCUCAUCAUACCAUGCAGCUGUGUCAUUUUCAACAUUAUCACAUUCCUCCGCGCAUGAAGAUACUAUGAAAAGGAAGACAUCAUCUCCUCUAUAGUUUGCAUCAUUGGUAUUUCUAAUCACAUUAAACUCUAAUAUUAGUGUUCUUUUUUUCUUUUUUUUUUAAUUCCUAUUGUAUAUUAUUAUCACUCUCAUAUAUGGAUCACUUGUAUGGACAUAUUAUUAGCAUUUGGAUUAGGUUUUGUAUUUAUAAGAAGAUACAUGACUGUCUAUUCCAUCCCUCUAGUGCUAUUUAAUAUUUUAAGAUCUUUGUUCGUAUAUAUGACAACUAGAUCGAUAGGCUCUAGGCUAAAAGUAUGAAAAUAAAGUUUGCCUCUCGAACAGCUCAUGGAGGCAAGUACUAUGUAGGAGCUUUGGCCGUAGGUGAAGGUUGUGAAGAAAGACCAAAGAGAUGUUGAAUAAGGAAUAUUAAAGUUAAUUCUUAGCUGACUCAAAAGAAUGCCACACUAAUUAAAGAGAUGAAGUCUUUUGAGCCUAGCAAAUAGGGCCUUCAUGUUGAAUCAGAGGUUUAGAAUGGGAAGUCCGUGGUUUGUAGUGACAAUUCUAGGCCAAUGUCGAGGAGCAAAAUAAGGGUGCGUUUGGUACGUGCGUUUUUCAUUUUCAUUUUCUGAAAAACGCACGUUUUCUGAAAAAUGGUGUAAGAUUUGCAUUUUUCGUGCCUGUUUUCUAAAAAAAUAGAUAGCGUUUUCUAGAAAAACAGAGAAUGAUAAAAAGUCAUUUUAUGUUUUCUAGAAAACGCACAUUUUUCAGAAAAUGGAAAUGAAAAACGCGCGUACCAAACGCACCCUAAGAUUUUCGAGCGAGGCCCCCUGGACCUAGCCUCUAUUGGAGUCUUCACUACCCCUAGCCUAUAAAAAGAUUACUGCAGAUAGAGAAAUCUAGGGGGUUAGGAUCCACUUCAAUGGUACUCUACCUUAAAAGGAAUGACAACGAGAAGUUCUUUGCACUCUAGGCAAAGGGGAAGGAUAUUAACAAGUAGGCCUUUUUUCCUUCAUUUUUUUUUUCCUUUUUUUGGAUUAUACCUAUUUCUUUGACAAAUCUGAAUGCACCUCUUGCAUUCUUGACUAGCAAAUUUCUUGGUGUGAAUAGAAUGUGAUUUGCACAUUGAAUUCAGUUUGUGACUUGCUGCGAGUUUGCGAUAAAUAAACUUCAACACAUGAAGUAAAUUGAGCUUGGCCGGAUUGUCAUGGAUUCGGGCAAACUAAAUGGGACUUUGAAUCAUGGUUUAACGUUUUGCCUCAAUUUGGCUGAACUAAACUUGACCAAUUGGGUCAAACAUUGAUGUCUUAUUCAUGAAGUUGUUAUUCUACCCUUUUGUAGAAAAAGAUAAUUACGCUCAUCCCAGGUGCCCCUCAUAGCCCGUCCACAGGUUGUGAAGGGAGAUAAAUCACGGGGUCAUUUUAUAACCGAGUUAUUAUUCUACCCUUAUUCGCACUCUUGGUGGGCAAAUUUUCUUACAUGUUCCUUAGUCAGCUAAGGUCAAUAUUAAUAUGUUGUCACUAGUUCUGAUUUUUGUUGCGAGUCAUAUCUGUUAGGAUCUAGAUCAAUGGCCAAGAUCAAGAGGGUGAAUAAAUGAUGCUAAAUUCACACAAAAACAAGCAUAACAAAUUGAGUAACAACAAAAAAGCAUGUGAGAAUAGUGAAAAUAAAUAAGAAAUAGAUGAACAUACUAAUAUGAUGAUUUUGUACGAUUUGAAGCAUCUUGGCGUCAUGGUCCAAAGCUUAGAUGUUUCACCCCAGGAAUAGAUGGAGCAACUCAGACAAAUAAAAAUGAAACAUCAAUAAGGAUGAGACCCCAACAAGCUAAAGAUCUCUAGACAAGAGGAUUAAAUGUAAAGAGGUUGAGACUAGUUCACUCUCUCUAAAUAAUGUGAGAAUUAAAUCCUCGAGAGAAAAACUCAUCACUCACCCUAAUAGAUUGAAACACUUGGUAGAAAGAGAGUUACAAAGAGCUUCAACUGCAACAAGGAUAGAAUCUUGAAUAACCCUUUUAAUAUGCCAUGGUGAUCAUUUGGAAAAUAACUGAAAGUAUUUGGUCACUCGAUCUAUGGAUACUAUCCAAGACAAGCCAUCAUUCAUCAACCAAUCAAAAAUUUUGAUCAACCAACAAGAGAAAAUUUUGCUUCUAGUAUUGACCUACCUUGCUUUGACCAAACAUAAAAUCUUUGGUCGACCGACCUCUUACCUAGAGGCCAGGCCUAGCACCUAAAAUUUAUCGUGGUUACGAGACCAUAUGCUAAAGAAAGUGAUUAAGUCUAGGAGGCGACGAAGUCUCUAGGCAUGGAAUAUCUAGAAAUAAGAAGGCUUCUUGGCAUAACAAAAUCCUGAAAGUAUGGAGAGCCUUUUGGAAUGUGAAGGUAUGCUCCUAAAAGUAGAGGAGAAUGCACUUGUGUUUAGUGUAGAGGUGGGACUAGACUUGGGAGUAAAGCCAACUAUAGAAGUGGUCGGAUUUAGAGAACAAUCGACUAGUACAUAAGUUGAAUAAAUUGUUGACUUAGGGAUGAAAAAUAAUAACUGAAUAUUUUUGGUCAAGAGUCAGUCGACUAGGCAAUCAAGUGAUAUUUUAGAUCAACAGACUCUCCAAACCACAAAAAGAAUAAGGUAUUUUAUCCAGGGGUCAAUCGAUUAGAAAGUUAACUAAUACCAGUUGACUUACUAAACCCUAGACCUCCAAACCAUGAAUAGAGUGUUUUUGUUUGAGGGCUGGUCGACUGGCCAAUCGAUUAGAUGACAAAAUCAACUGAUCGAUCAAGAAGAGUUGUUGAUAUGAUACUAACAGCCUGCAAUAGUUAGAUACCUACUAACUAUUGUUCAAGCAAUCAAUUGAUGAGCCCAACCAGUUGACUCAAGUAUCUGUUGCGAUGAAGAAGCUAAUAAGUUCAAGUCAGUAGUCAACUGAUGAUGGUUUCAGUUAACUAAUCACGGCUUGGAAAAGUAGAACCAAGGUGGAAAGGAAGCUAAAGGGUUGAGACUAUAAAUGAAGGGCUUUAGGGAUUCAAAAUGGUUACUAAAAAUUCUCAAACUUAUGAUUCUAAAGCUCAAUACUCUUAUUCUCCAAGUGUUAAAUAUCUUUUUUCUUUCCUGUACUCAUUUCAAUCCUUGUAAGAAGAAUAUGUGUAAAAAAUUUCUCUGCCUUUGUACUCUUACUGAGAAGGAUAAAGUUUAGUGAAACUUCAAAAAGUGAUCAACUGACAAAUCAUAGGAGUAGGAGCUAGAGGUUGCCAAAUCACGUUAAACCAUUUGUGUUAGUUUGUGCUGGCUUGUUUUUGCUUUGAUUGCUUUCCGUUGCAUCAACUUUUUGUAGAAACAAAAUUGAGAUAAAUGAUAGGUUAUUUACCUCUCCUCUAGCUAGGGCUAUAAAUGAAUUAGAUCUUUAUGAAUAAAUUUGAUGUUUAGUUCGAUAAAGCCCUUUUACAUUCAUUCAAUAGUAAAAAAAAAAAAGUAUAUAAAUAAAUAAGCUUGAAUACUAAUAGAAUUGGUUCGUUAAUAUUAAUGAAUAAAGUUGAAUAAUUUAUUUAUUAACUUGUCUAAAAUUAAUUGUAAUUUUUUUAAAAAAAAUUAUUCAAAUACAUAAAAUAUAGUAAUUUAUAAAUUCUUAUAAUUUUAAAUUAUUUGUAAUAUUUUAAAAAUAAAAAUAAAUAUAAUUUUCAUGUAUUAGCUAACCAUUUAAUCUGAUUUAUAAAAACAACCUUGUUAUUUGAGCUCGAUAAGAUUUUUAAUAAAUAUGCUUGAACAAACUCAAUAAGUGAAUAAAUAAGUUUGAACAUUGCUAGGCUCAACUCGACUCAUUUGCACGCUACCUCUAGCUUCUCUUGAUCCAACAAUCUAGAGAUUCACAGUUGAAGAGAGCAAUUUAGGCUUUAGAAGAUAGGUUGUAAGUUGCAAACAAAAAAAAUAUUGAUAAUUCUUCGCUCAAUUAAUGUUGGAGAUAAACGACUUUUCCCUUAGUUCGCGUACUAGGUAAAUCCAGAGCAUAACUUGUGCCCACUCAAAAGUCAAUUUUCAAAAUAUUCAUCCCAUUUAGGAUUUGAAUUCAAAUUUUUUUAUUCCUUCUCUGAAUGUUUUUACCAUGCACCGCACCCUGUGGGGAUUGAGUUUGUAUUUUAUAUUUUGGUUGGAAGGAUCAUCUUCAUAUUGUGCAAUUUGAGUUAAUAUGGCUAGGACUUAGAGCAUCUCCAAUGCAAGGUUUUUGGAGAGUUUUAGCAAACCGAAAAGUUGAAUAAAAAAGUUCUAACCAUUGUGGACAUGAGGUUUGAGGUUUUUAGUUAAGAGCAAUAGUAAAAAUUCAAAUCUAAUUUUUUUUCUUUCGAAAUUAACAAGGUGAGUGAAGCUAUUAAUUAAUUAACAAUGAGGUUUGAGGUUUAUUGGAAUAUUUUUUUAUUGUGAAGAGAGUAGGUUUUUAGGUUUUUUUGUCUGUGAUAUGAUAUAUUGGAAAUUACAAAAAAAAAACUCAUUUAGAGUUACAACCAUUGGUGAUACCCUUAAAGCAUUCACACCAAUUUUCCUAUCCAAAAUUCAUAAUUUAGGAUAAAAAAGUUACUUUAUUAAAUUUAGAUAUCCACUUUUCAAUACACCAUAUAUCAGUUUCCUUAUUUCUUCUCUCUCCAUUCUCUAAAAUUAGAGAAGUACUGUUCAUAAAUGUAUAAUUUAGAGAAUGAAUAUGGUAGCCGAUGUAAAGAUUUUUUAACUACUCUAUCUAAAAUUCAAGGUAAAAUUUUUGAAUAGGGUAUAUAAUAUGGAUGCUCUUGCUAUGUAUAAGGAGAUGCAGAUUUAGUUAAACUUAAUUAGACCAAGACUUUUGACGACUGACAAAACCACUAGAAAAGAAAAGAUAUGCCCAUCGUGGACACACCUUCAUCGUCAAAAGGUGUGCAAUUGUUCACUCCUGUUGGAAAAGUUUGUAUAUCUCUUCCACUCUUUAACUUUAGCUGGAUCAUUGAACUCUUGAGCUACUUAUUGUGUGUGAUACUGUUGUUUAGACAAUCGAGAUCAGCUGUGUGGAGCCGUAUUUGAAUGAAUUAUGGUGGGCAUUGCACACGGCAUCUUCAGCUGUAACGAGGACAAACUGCCCCCACAAAUCAAUGCUUUCACCGUCCGGCUGCUCCCUCCUAACCGCGCCUUCAAUGCUCCAACAAUAAUCAGAUUUUAGUCAAGCUCUGAAUCAGCUUCCGAGUUACCCUCCUCCAGCACGUUGCUGCUUGUAUACGAUUGUUGGAAAUUGUCCAUAUUGAAAUUAAAGGUCUGGUCAGUGACUUGAUGAUAAGUCGAUUAUUUAAUUGAUGGAGCUUUGAUAUGAUGAUAUGAAUCUUAUUUCCUUUAUGCUGUGAUGGAGAUAUCUUUUUAGGUUA